UGGCUAGGCUUCCUUCCGGUUUGCUGGCGGAGGCCGGAAGUGGCCGUUCUGGGACUGCUGGAUAGUUGUUAAGUCGGUGAGAGCGGCAGGCAGAGCAUCGCCGAGACACCCUCGAUUCUCGCGGCUGGGCAGGGAUUUAACCACCACCAUGUCGAGCAAAAGGGCAAAGACCAAGACCACCAAGAAGCGCCCUCAGCGCGCAACAUCCAAUGUGUUCGCCAUGUUUGACCAGUCCCAGAUCCAAGAGUUCAAAGAGGCCUUCAACAUGAUCGACCAGAACCGGGAUGGCUUCAUCGACAAGGAGGACUUGCAUGACAUGCUCGCUUCAAUGGGAAAAAAUCCAACUGAUGAAUAUCUGGAUGCCAUGAUGAACGAGGCCCCGGGCCCCAUCAACUUCACCAUGUUCCUCACCAUGUUUGGAGAGAAGCUGAAUGGCACAGAUCCCGAGGAUGUCAUCCGAAACGCCUUCGCUUGCUUUGAUGAGGAAGCAACAGGCACCAUCCAGGAGGAUUACCUGAGGGAGCUGCUGACAACCAUGGGCGAUCGCUUCACAGAUGAGGAAGUGGAUGAGCUCUACAGGGAGGCCCCCAUUGACAAAAAGGGCAAUUUCAACUACAUCGAGUUCACACGCAUCCUCAAGCACGGAGCAAAAGACAAAGAUGACUGAAGAACUUCAAAUUCCAGCUACAUGUUCCCUGUUGCCACCUAGGGUAUUUGUGAGGUUUUUCUCCUAGCACCCGGUGCAUGCCCUAGCUUACUGCUUUUUGCCUGUCUUGUUUUGUAUUUAUAUAAUCUCAGCCUCUUUGGGCCACAUAUAUCU